AUGCCUGCGCUCCGGGCCUGGCUGGCCCUCGGCUGCCUGCGGCUGUGCCUGGGUGUGGCCCUGCAGCCCCAGCUGGCCAGCGUGACCUUUGCCACCAACAACCCCACGCUGAGCACCGUGGCCCUGGAGAAGCCGCUCUGCAUGUUCGACAGCACGGAGGCCCUCAACGGCACCUACGAGAUCUACCUCUACGCCCUGCUCGCCUCGGCCAGCUCCAGGAACGCCUCGGUGCAGGACAGCACCCACACCCCGCUCAGCUCCACGUUCCAGCAGACGGCCGGAGGGAGGACGGGCCCCUACAGAGCCGCCGCCUUCGUGCUGACGCCCUGCAGCGACCUGCCCAGCCUGGACGCCGUGGGGGACGUGGCCCGGGCCUCGGGGAUCCUGCACGCGUACCUGGUCAGGGUGGGCGACAAUGGGACCUGCCUGUCGGACCCCAACUUCCAGGGCCUCUGCAACCCGCCCCUGGCGCCAGCCACCGAGUACAGGUUCAAGUACGUCUUGGUCAAUGUGUCCUCGGGCUUGGUGCAGGACCAGACCCUGUGGUCGGACCCCAUCCGGACCAACCGGAUCUCCCCGUACCUGGCGAUCGACACGUGGCCUGGCCGGCGGAGCGGCGGCAUGAUUGUCAUCACGUCCAUCCUGGGCUCCCUGCCCUUCUUCCUGCUCCUGGGCUUUGCGGGCGCCAUCGUGCUGAGCCUCGUGGACGUGGGCGGCUCUGACACGGAGACUACACAUGACUCACAGAUCUCCCAGGAGGCCGGCCCCAAGGCCCUGGGCACCGCGGAGCCGGCGUACGCGGCGGUGAACCGGGGGCUGCAGCUGGACCGGGCCGAGGUCUACGCCAGCAAGCUCCCGGACUGA